AGAAAUUUGAUGUGCUCAGUUUUUUUUUUUUUCUAAUACAAGCGAUGGGAAGGGAGAUUUACACAAAUAUUCAUCAGUGUCUCAGGAUUUUAAGUCUCUAACUAUAGAUGGAAUAACUCAACUAACUAAGCUAGAAGCCACUAACGCUUGGCUUCUUUUUUACGAAAAAGAAAUAGAUAAGGGAGUUAAAUAGCGUAAUUUGUGUCUAGGCCCAAAAGUUACUCUACUCUGCGCAACCCAGCCUUAUAAACCUUUUUUUUUCCCCAGGAAUGAAAUGGGUCAUUUUAUUUUAUUUUUAAAUGAAAAGGGUUAUUUAGCAAAAGGAAAAAUGAAAAAGGUGACAGCUAUGGAAAACUUGGAGACCAAGGAUUUCUAGUCGUACAACUAAUCCUAGUAGACUUGGAAGUCAAUUGGGAAAUCACAACCCUACUAUUUAAGAAACCCCUCUAAGUUUAGUGGGUGGUCAUUUGUUCUUGAAUUUGGCUUUGGGUUGGUUCUUGAUUAGGCUUCUUUUUUGGGUGUUCAAUUUCUUUGCGUUUCUUGGCAUUCUGGGUUUGGGUUUGAUUAGUUUCAUCUAUGGCUUCCAACAAGGAAAGUAUGAUCAAGCGUGGGUUUCAAAGCAGCAAGCCAAGGAUGCGAGUUAUGAAGCGCCCUGAGAUUUUCCACUUCAGAAUCCCAGAACCAGAAGAAUAUGAUCUCAUGGAUGAAGAUGAAUCUGCUUCUGGUUUUGAAUCUUGUUCUGAAGUUAAGCUUUGCAGUCCUUGUGAUGCUUCUUCUUCUCCCAUGGAAGGCAGCAACACUGGUCCUCAGUAUGACCCUUUUGAGUCUGAUAGCUCUGCUCUUCAAUCAAUUCGUGGUUCAUCUUCUACCCAUGAAAGUGAUGAUUCAAGCUCUACCCAUCAUCAAGAUGAUGAUGAUGAACAAGAAAGCCAGGAACUUGAUGAGAUCAACAGCCCACAGAGCGAGUUCGGUCCAUCAUAUUCUUCACUCUCCUACGCUACUUCUCCAGAGCCAUUGUCUCCACCAAGAUGUGCUUCCUAUUUCGACUGCAAUUUGUGCUUGAAAAUGGCAAGAGAGCCGGCGGUGAAUUCAUGUGGCCAUUUGUUUUGUGGGAUUUGUUUCCAAAUUGGUUGCAGAUCUUCUGCCUCGACCAUCCGGAGUGCCCUCAUUGUAAGAGUGAGGUGUCUCCCUCCUCCAUCACUCUGAUUCUGCAGCCUGCCUCUGCCUCCUCCGAGACACUGGUCGGCCACGGAGACCUCAGUUCUGGCUUCAAUACACCACCACCACCAGGACCAAAGAAGGGGCUUUGUUUUGAAGAUUGAAUUAAUGCGGAGGAGGGAGCUAUAUAGCCUUUGAUGUUGCAGUGUUUGCUCAAUGUUGAAUAUUAUUAUUGUGCUUGUAACUCUGGUUUCCAAUUACAGCCUGAAAGUUACUUUAAGCCUCAGUUUUGGUUAAUUCAAUUCGUCUUGAGAACAAAGAUGCAGUGAAUUAUGGAACAGAAGCACCAAGAAUAUCAUCUUUUGAAAAUCUCGAGUGUUGAUUCAACAGAAAAAAUGUAAAGAGGUUUUGUUAAUACAAGGAAUGAUCACAUAAUGACAUGAUUUAAGGAAAC